CCUCGGCUCCCCGGCAGUGUGCUCCCUAAGGGGCCCGGGGGGGCGGUCUCGCCUGGCGGGGGGCUGGCAGCCGCGCUUCUUCUCUGAGUUGGGGCUCCUGUUUGCGAAGAUUCUCCACGGGAACAGUAACCUGGGAAGAAGAAGAGACAGGUCAUCAGGAUGGCUGCUACCUCCCAGUUUGCCAGUCGAUACAAGAAGAAUUUGAGCACAGAAGCCCUCAGAACCAAGGUUGCCCGCAGGAAAUCCAUCCUUCAGAAGGAGAACAGGCACAAGCUCUUCGAAAAGGGCCGGCAGUUCGGGCUGGCAGAUGUCAAUGUUCAGCUCUCCAAGGAGAGGGGAAUUUCUGAGCUCAAGGAAACCAAGGAAUUGUGCUCUCAAGAGAACAGCAGUGUGAAACAGAGACAAGCCCCAAAUGCAGCCACCAAGAGGAUGAACGAGCGCAAGGAGAUGCUGCAGCGCUACAAGGAAGAGAAGGAGCUUCGCAAACUGCAGGAGCAGAGAGAGAAAGCCAAGAAAGGGGUGUUCAAGGUUGGGCUCUACAGACCAGCUGCACCUGGAUUUCUUGCACCUGCUGCUGAGGAACCAGCAGUCCCGAAGCCAAGAGAGAAGGAAACAAGGGCAGCUCCUGCUUUCUCUGGAAGGAUUACUCGAUCAAAAGCCAAGAUCCAAGAAGGAAAAACUAUGAUACCAACUGCAUCUAAGUCCUCUACGGUCAGUGCCCACGGGCAGAGCGUGCGCUCUACGCAGGCAGGACAUAAACAGAUGAGUACAGUCAAAGUGGCAGAAAAAGAGAAAGUGUUGCAGACUGCAGCCCAACCAGCCCCAAGUGUGAGAGUCACCAGAGCAGCUGCCUCUGCAGCCAGGCAGGUGCUGAAACCAACUGCUGCUACUGCUGGUAACCAAUCACAGAGAAAGACAGCAAGUGUAGGAAAGCCGAAGAAAGCUGUCAAACCUGAUCCCACAAAGGUAAUUUCUUCUAAACAUGAAGUGGAGACAAAUGCUGGAGUGGAGCCAGGGGUAAAAAGUUCUGCAGCUGAUUCCAAACACUCAAUGCCAGUAGAACUUCAGCAAGAAGAAACUUCAGUGGAAAACAACAGUUUUUCUCCAAGGAGACCCAGAACCCGCUCCUUUGCACCUCAGAACUUUGUGUUUCAGCCUCUGAGUGGAUUGGCAACCUACACUGUGACACCCAUGUCUCCUUCAAGGGCAAAUGCUUUUUUGACACCCAGUGCUGUCUGGAAUUUUUCAAAAUCUCCAGUCAAAAUAUUUGAAAAAUCCAGUGAAACUAAAGCACAAAAGCCUGAUUUAAAAAGUCAAACUUCACCUUCUGUUAAAGGCAUUCAAGAACAGCAGAAGACCACAAGUUUGAAAGGAGUAGCAGGUGAAUCAGAUGAGAGAACUUCCACUCAGAGAUCAAACAAAAUAACUCCUGCCUCAACUGCACUUGCAGUGAAGUCAGAUGAUACAAGAGAGCAGGAGCAUGAUGUGCCUUAUUUCAGAAACAUUCUUCGCACUGAGACGGAGCGGCUGCUGUCUCAGUGCCUGCAGUGGGAAGGAAACCUUGAGCUGGACAUUCCAGAGGAUGCUAAAGACCUGAUUCGCACCACAGUUGGUCAGACAAGGCUGCUCAUAGGAGAAAGGUUCAAACAGUUUGAAGGACUGGUUGAUAACUGUGAAUUUAAGCGGGGUGAAAAAGAAACAACAUGUACAGACCUGGAUGGAUUUUGGGAUAUGAUUUAUUUCCAGAUUGAAGAUGUGAAUAAAAAAUUUGAUAACGUGAAGAAACUUCGAGACAAUGAGUGGCAGCCACUUGAUGUCCCAAGCAAAGCAGCUGUCAAGAAAAAGGCAGUUCCAAGUGAAGUGCCCAAACCCAAGGUGGAAGCAGCUGCCAGAACGGCUGCCCGGAGCCGCCUGGCCUCUGUGAAAGCAGCCAUGAGGGACAAAAUGAAGCAGGGGGCAGCUGCUGAGGGUGCGCAUCAGGAGAGGCUGCCAGAGGAGGAAAAAGUGGUUUUUGAAGCGGGAUUUUUCCGGAUUGAAAGCCCUGUGAAAAAAUUUUCAGGUUUGCUUCCAAGGACCCCUGCAAAACUGGCAAAUCCCAGAUCAUCCAUUAAAUCUUUGCUCCUGAACAAUCCUUCUCCUCUCUGUGCCCCUGAGGAUGCACCUGCAAAACAAACCCCAUCAGGCCUCAAAGGCUUCCACCCAGCACAAAGCUUGAAAACGGACCAACUUCCCACCGAAAAAAGGCCCCCACUGGAUAAACUCCCUGAUGGUCUUGAACAAAGCAUUUCUGUGGUUGCAGAAGAAAUGUGUCUGGUUGCUGGCACGGCAGAGGGAAAUAAGGUUCUGGGAAAUCGUAGCAGUGACUCAAAAGCAAUGGAUGGCAUGGAAGAGAUGGAACUGUCUGCUGCAGAGCAAGGACAAGACAUCGUCAUGUGCAGCCCGGAGAAGGAGACAAACUUUGCUCAGUCUGGAGAGCCACAAAUGCAUCAGACAGAUGUUUCAUGCAGUGAUUUGACACUCAUUGACAGAAAUCCUUUUGAUAUGCCAAUGCUGGAUGCUGAGCUUCCCUUCACUCCAGUCAAGACCAAAGCCCAGAAGUUUGCAGCAGCUGAAGUAUUCAGUGACCUCAUCGUCUUUUCUCCUGUUGGUCCCUCGGGGGAUCAAUGAAAAGUGACUUUGAAUGCAAAAUCUGUAAAUUCUACGGACAGGAAGGCCCCAGAGGGUAUCUGGAACACAGCCUGCUACCCUGGAACUGUGUUGAGAGAGGAGGAGUGCCUGUGGUAAUGGAUCUGAUAACGGGGUUUGGAGCAUUUUAUGGUGCAGCUGUACAUCAGGAGUGGGCUGUGUUCUGGUGAUCCCUGCUGUAUCCUCUGGCUGUAAAUUCUGACUGCAACCUGAAGCAUUUUUAUCUUGGUAUCAUUUAAUGUAUUUCCUGUCUCCUCCAGGUUGUAAAACCGUUCACCUUUAAACUUUUCUACGCUGACAUGACUAACCUUAUGAUUUAUUGUUUAUUACAAGGUGCCCACCCCACCAGCUGUGCCUGUGCCCUGUUUCUGCUGGGAGGGGACCUUCUGGGGUGCCACCCAGCCUGUUCCCUCCCCAGAGCACCCUGCCGUGCUCUGGGGGCCCCUCUGCACCCUCAGGCUGCAGUGUCUGCUGUGUUGUCUCCUGUCUCAGCACCGGCUGUGGCACUGUUGGAUGCCGGGAAAGCUUUCCUGGUGUUUAACAACCACGGGGUUUGUAAUAUCAGAAGCUAACUCAGAACAAGGAUUUCUAAGUCAGAUAAUACCUUUUCUUGGCGAUGUAUUGAAAAAUAGGCAUUGAUAUAAUUUCCUUUAAGGAUGCAUUUUUCUAUUGAGUAUCUUAAGGACCGGUGUUUUCUACUUGUUUUUUGACACGUUUAUGCUCCUCUCAUCUUGUUCCUUGUGCAUCCCCAAUCCAGGCUGUAACAUGUUUGUGCAUAAGGAACAUGCCAGAUCUCUAGACUCUGGAUUUAAGGAGUACCAUUACAGCACCACCAGUUGUUAUAUUUUUAACAAAUACCUCACUGGGCUUCUUCUUGUACCGGUGACCUGAGUGUAACACACACAUCCUUCCAGCAGCUUUGAGCCCAAACCAAGCAGGGAUCUCAGUAUCCCUCAGCAGAAAGUUUUGCUGCCACUGCCAGGGGAGCUCGUCUGGUUUAAGUUUUAACCUGGAAGCUGUGUUCUGAUUACACUGAAUAAAGAGAGGAAGCUGA